CAAUAGCAAAGGGGCGUUAAAAGGGACGCCAUAUUGAUAUAUCCGUUUAGAGAAAGUAACAAAUAUCAUAGGGCCAAAAUAAUUGAAAUAAUCCUAGCCAUCCGGCGACGUAUCAACGAAAUAUAAAUAUAGAACGUAUCUAGACUCUUUCAAAAUUAAUUUGUACUUUUUAUUUUAAUUUUUUGUGACUCUGAAGCGUAUAAGGAGCCUUUUGUUUACAGCUAGUAUCCUUACGGGAAAACGUAGACGAUGACGAAGGACGAUGAGUAUGAUUAUUUAUUUAAAGUUGUUUUGAUUGGUGACUCUGGUGUUGGCAAGAGUAACCUGUUAUCGAGGUUUACCCGAAAUGAAUUCAAUUUGGAAAGUAAAAGUACUAUUGGUGUAGAAUUUGCCACUAGGAGUAUCCAAGUAGAUGGAAAAACUAUAAAAGCUCAGAUAUGGGACACUGCAGGUCAGGAGCGAUACCGAGCAAUUACUAGUGCAUAUUACAGAGGAGCAGUAGGAGCACUACUAGUCUAUGAUAUUGCCAAACAUUUGACUUAUGAAAAUGUAGAAAGAUGGUUAAAAGAAUUGCGAGACCAUGCAGACAGUAAUAUAGUCAUUAUGUUGGUUGGCAAUAAAAGUGAUCUUAGGCAUCUACGAGCUGUACCAACAGAUGAAGCCAAAGCAUUUGCAGAGAAACACAACCUUUCCUUCAUAGAAACAUCAGCUUUAGAUUCAACUAAUGUGGAAGCAGCCUUUCAAAAUAUCUUAACAGAAAUUUACAAAAUUGUUUCUCAGAAACAGAUCCGUGAAAGUCCAGAUGACGAUAACUCAAUCAGUGCAAAUGUCCAGACGAUCACUGUUGCUCCAACAGAUAAUUCUACAGGAGGGAAAAAGCAAUGUUGUGCUGCGUAACCCCCUAUGUAUAGGAAAAGAAAAGACUGGCUGCAGAGACCCAACAGAAACACUGUGACAAAGGGAGGGGUGGGGAGGGGAGGGGGGCAAGGGAGUGGGUGAAAGCAGGCAGGCCGCUGGCUAGACAGGGGUGAAGGGGGUGGAGCAGACACACUUGUAAACCGCUCUUGCAACAUUUACUGACUCACAGAUGGUGUGACAGAUAUAUUGCCUCUGUUAUGUCUACUACUCUUUACUACUUUAGUACUUGUCAUAGCAGCCUGGAUUCCAGUGCGGAUGGAAAGCAAUAAUCGCAUGGUCAUUUGGUCAUCACAUUCACAAGAUGUGCAUGACUGCGUCUGUACAUAUUAUCUCCAUGGCUUCACUGAAUACGAUUGUGCAGCUAAGUGAAUUGUGUGAUCUUCUGAUCUCUUAGGCUCUAUGUUCGCUUUUUAAGUUUUAUUAUUAUUAUUAUUAUUAUUAUUAUUAUUAAUAUAAAAAUCUGUCCAUUCCUCCUUAUAUUAUUUAUUUCAAAUCAGAAAUAUUAUUCAUAAUAAUCUUCUCUACAGAUUGAAACCAAACAUUCUCUAACAAACAAACAAACAAAAAAAAGGAAAAAAAAAAACUGUUUCAAAAUCUCAAUGACCUCUUAAUCUUUUUGAAGAAAAAAAUGUAGUUGAGCAUCAUCUUAUGUUUUUUUCUUUAAAUCUGCAAUGACAAACAACCUUAAGAAAAUCGUAGGAAGCUGUUAAUGUAUUUUUUUUUUCUUUCUGUCCUAUCUCAGAAACUAAAUUCUGUUAAAAAAAAAAAAAAAAAAAAAAAAUCUGCUUGAUAAAUUUGCCCUUAAUUCUGUUAACCACCAAUAACUAUGCAUCUAUUUUAUUCAUUUUUCUUACCCCCCUCUUCUAGCGAUUAUAAUAAAUAAUUUAAACAUUUAAAUAAAUUAAUGAUACUUUGAUGAGAUAUUUUUCUGUAGUGUUUUCUGUUUAUAAUUGAUGACCCCCAAAUGAGAUGUCGUUUGGGCCAAGUUUUUCUCUGAACAGUCCAAGCAGCCAACCAACUAAUCAAGCAAAACUUUGUUUUUUUUUAAUUUUAAUUUCUUACUUGCUCCACUUGAGCUUCUCUCAACUUGAAACCUAAAAUGAUGUUUAACCAUUACCGAUUCGAUAACUUUCUUUCUGCUCAAUCCAUCGACUUCCUGCUCUUCUUGGAUGUUAUGCUGUUUGGCAAGGUUACUUUAGUGCAGAAGUGGCUGUCUUUCAUAUAAUUCUGUGUGAGUGUAUAUAAAAUCUCAUUUCUGGUUAUGAGUAUUUCAAGAUCCUGUUAAAAAUCCAAUCGAGUGAAGGCCUUGCUUUCUCUCACUCUCCCCCCCCCCGUCUCUUAAUCCCUCCUUAUGGUUCAACUUCAGCCUAGUUUCAUAGUUAUAUGUUUCUAUAACAGCUGUUUCUUUUUCCUUUUUUUUUUUUUUUUGUCUGGCAAAUGGCUGCUCUGCACUAAUAGUUUGGAUUGACCAAGUAUAUUUUGCAAAGUCUUAUGAACUACUUGUAAAAGGUAGUGCAACUGUCAUUAUAUAUACAUAUAUAUAUAUAUAUAUAUAUAUAUAUAUAUAUAUAUAUAUAUAUAUAAUGUGUGUGUGUCAUAUGUAUGUAAAAUCUUACAUGAGUGCAUAUAUGUAGAAUGGAGUUUGAGUGGUUGAAAUAAAUAAAUAAAUGGCAGAGUUGGUUUCAUGGUUGUGUCAUCUCCAUUGUGUGAAGUCUCUAAGUAUAUAAUAAUAAUAAUAAUAAUAAUUCUGUACAAAAUGUAUUUUGACAUAAAAAGUCUACAGUUUUUUUGUUUUUUUUUUCUCCCCAAUAUAAUUUGUUACCAAGGGAUUUUCUUUAAUUACAUCAUCUGGAAAGGGAAGGUUUGGAGGGAGAGAGAUGAAACAUAAAA